AUGUCAAACUUCGAUCAUUACGACUGGAUGUUUACUUCGCCACCUAUAAAUACUGACCGUGUUGAAGAACGUAAAGACACCACAAAUAAAACUAAUCGUUCUUGUCGCCAUGUCGCAAAGGCAAACGCAUUGAAAAAGAAUACAAAGAAGUCUGUGGUUACUUCACCGAAAAAGAAAGAAACGAAGCGUUCGGUCUUAAUUAAAAAGAGGACUGUUCAUGAAUCCGAUGAACAACAUAGUCAUGAGACAAGUUUGACUAAAAAACCCCGUAUUAUUUCUGAAAUUCCACCAACAGAAAAGGUACAAUUUUUCUCUUCGCGAGAUUUUGUUGUAGACGCAGCCAAGAUAAUUGAAUCAGCUGAUGUAAUAAAUGAAUUUAAUAAUAAAUACAAAGAUAGAAAAUCAUCCCGCUGUUAUAAAGAUUAUUGUCGUCAUAAAGCUCAAACUCGUAAUGAUAUAGAUCAUAAAACUUUCUUUAAAUAUAAUGGUAUCCUUGAAGUAUCUUUGGAAUAUCCCGGAUCCGAUUUCAGAGAAAGAUAUUUGUUGGCAUAUCUUUAUAAUGGAGACGGAUAUUUUCCUGUAGACGAUUUAAUGGAUACAGUAAAUGCAAUUAUUGAAAUCAUGUUUAAAGAUGAAAUUGCGGAAAAAUUUCAAGAUUCACGAAUUCAACUUGAUGAAGAGACAUCUUUGAAAAAGGGUAAUAUAGAUAGAAGACUUACUCGAGCAAAAAACCGAGGGAAUUGGGUUGAUUUCGUAAAUGCUAUCAAAAUAUUUAAUCAAUAUCUUCAAGAAGCGAAAAAGGCUGGUAAUUUCCUUGCAGUCCAUAUUACCACAUCAGAUCCCAAUAAUGAGAAAUUUCGAAAAUUGAUUCAUCAUAUUAUUCAGCAAGUAUAUGAUCGUGUGGCAUCUCCAGAAAUGUCACGAAUAAUUAAGAGAGGCCAAGAUAAAAGUCAAGAUUAUGGCGAGUUAUUGCCUCCAUUCAUUGAUGAUAUCAUUCAAAAAACGCAAUUGAAUCGCAAUUCAAUUUUCAUGGAUUUCGGAUCAGGGGUUGGAAACGUUUGUCUUCAAAUUGCAGCACAAGUUGGGUGUAGUGUAUACGGAAUCGAAGUACUUCCAGAAAGAUAUAAUAGUUCUGUGAAUUUUACCAAAGAAUUUUUAAGAAGGACUAGUGUAACAUCUGGUCCGAUUGAAAUUUAUAAUAUGGAUUUACGUAGAAUUGGUGAAUUAAGAAAUAUGUUGGACAUUCUGGGAAAGGCAGAUAUAGUUUUAUGCAAUAAUUUAGCUUUUGAUGCUUCCCUCAAUAACUUCAUAAAAGAUUUAUUUCUAUCUACGAAAUCCAACGCUCAAGUAAUUACGCUUGUUCCGUUACAUGAUAUAGUCAGGCAUGAUGAUAAUAUUUGGAAAAAAGUUGUUGAACAUAAAUAUAACAACAAUUGGGUCUCCUGGACUAGUACUGGUGGUUCAUAUUAUCAACAUAUUCGUAAGGAUGACAGGGAAAGUUGA